AUGCUCGACAAGACUGAGUCUUCCCUUAUUGUACCAAUGGAACAUAAUCACCCACUUCCUAAAUCGACUGACCCGACGAAUGGUUUAGAAGUCGUUGUUGAGAUUCCUUCUUGUUUACGAGGAGUCUACAUUCGUAACGGAGCUAACCUUAUGUUUCCUCCGUUAGCUGGACACCAUCUUUUUGACGGUGACGGAAUGAUUCACGCCGUUAAAAUCGGUUCUGAUAACCGAGUUAGUUACAGCUGUCGGUACACUCGAACAAACCGGCUUGUUCAAGAAACCAAGCUAAGAAGACCGGUUUUCCCUAAACCAAUCGGUGAUGUUCACGGCACUCGGGCCUAG